AUGCGCUCCACUCUUCUCCUCCUCAUCGCCGCCGUCUUCGUUGGUUCAGCCGCCGCCGGCGCCAACCACAACAGCAAGCCUCGCACCCACCUCCGCCAGAAGCGUGCCUGGGGCCAGCGCCGCCAGCUCAACAACCCGGACCCUGCGACCUUCUUGUCCGCCGUCCCGUCCGACGCAACUGCCGCCGUGACGAUCCUCAACACCGACGCCGCACCCUCGGGAACGACCGCAGCUGCGGCAGGCGCGACCCAGGCUCCCGUCGCACCGCUCGUCUGUGCGCCGAGUGCAGGACUCGCAGCGUUCUGUGAUCCGAACGCAGGUGUUUGCUGCCAAACCGGUCUCACCUGCUCUGACAACGCCUGCCAAGCCGUCUGCACGAUCGACACGACCGAGGCGUACUGCGACGCCAGCACGCCCUGCAACGCCGCGCUCGGCUACACCUGCUACAAGAGUCGCUGCAGACCGCCUACCGGCGCCGUCCGCGUCCAGAACGGCCAGUCUUGCGACCAGGGCGGAGCGAACACCCAGUUCUGCAUCCCUGGCAAGGGCAUUUGCGUCGGCGGAACGUGCCUCGCCUGCUCUCAGCACGCCUAA